AUGUCUCCCUCUACUACUUCUUUCUCAACCUCUCCAUUGAUGUUUCAAGAUUUUCUAAGAAAUUUCCAUUCGAGGAAGCUAUUACUACACACUCCUCUAUAUCAUUCAUCUCCAGACACUGCGGAUCCACCUGGCCAUGAGCUUCAUGGGUUAUCGAAACCCUAUCCCACCGAAAAUAGCUUUGACGCGAAUGUGGUGAUGAUUCUUUCAGUCCUCUUAUGUGCUUUAAUUUGUGCAUUAGGGCUUAAUUCGAUCGUUAGGUGUGCAUUAAGGUGCUCGAGCCGAGUCAACGCCGAGUCAAGUAACAACAUAUCGAAUCGGCCAGCCAAUACAACCGGAGUCAAGAAGAAAGCCCUUAAGAUGUUCCCUGUGGUUACUUACUCUACUGGGCUAAACCUACCUGGAUUGGACACUGAGUGUGUCAUAUGCCUCUCGGAGUUUUUGCCGGGGGAGCGUGUCAGGGUCUUGCCUAACUGUAAUCAUGGAUUCCAUAUUCGGUGUAUCGACAAAUGGCUCUCGGCACACUCGUCUUGUCCAACUUGUAGGCACUGCCUAAUUGACACUUGUCAGAAGAUCGUUGGUCAGACUAGCUCCUUGGCACCACCACCACCGCCGCCACCCCCACCUCCACCACCACCAACGUUGCAAGUGGCCAUUGUAGCUUUAGAACCAGAAGGUAUGAUACGCAACGACCAGAGUAUUAGCUAAUAGGUUACUUUUCAAUUGUAAUGAAGGGGUUGGACCCCCAGCUUCCCCACAAGGGGAAAAAAGUGUUCCAGUAAACUGUACAAAUUUCAAAUGUGGGACUUCCUUGAAUUUAUUUUUCUU